UAUUCAGAAUAGUAGUUAAGUAAAACAAUUCGAUUAAGAUAAACAGAAACUCCACAAAAUAGCUUAAACAGCGCAGUCCCAAUUUUAACUUGGAAUAAAAGUGUCUGGUUUUGUUUGAGAGCAGACAAUGCAGGAGAGGUCCAAUGAUUCAUUAUAAGGUUUCGAGAAUAGGUAAAUGGGGGAAAUAGCACACAAUGGAAAUAAGAUCAACAAUGAGAUGCAACAGUCAAACUCUGGACUUAAAAACAUGGAUAAGGGCUGGGUUGAAAAUACUGAAUUAACAGGAAAAUAACCUUCUUACAAGCUCAUCUCACAUUCCUUUCAGAGACCUUGAAGUAUUUUUUCUUACUUGCAACACAAGCAAAGCCAGAAUUUAUUGUCUAGUCCAAAUUGCCCAUCAGAAGUUGGCUGUAGGCCAUCUUGAUUUGUUGCAGUCCUUCUGGUAAAGAAAGAGACAUAUGCAGGUGUUCUGGUGGACAUAGUCUGUUUGUCUUCUUUGAUGAUAGAGGACACAUGUCUGAAGUGCACUUAUUUGAAUGCUGCACUUGUAUUCAGUUUCUACUGUUGCUCUUGACAAUGCAUUCCUGGGCCUAACCACCAACCUGCAUAAGUUGAUUCUCCUGUCAUUUAUAUAUCUUUUGCUAAUCAGCUUCAUUCUUCAUCUCCCAUUUCUUGAUCUACAAAGAGAAAUUUCUCUCCAUUUGCAAUUCUCAACCAUAACAAAUCUAAGUACCACUAUCAAAUCACAGUUUCAACUCCUCAAGGAAAACAACACUGCCUUUUCAUCCCUGGCAUCAUUUUGAUAAAUCUCCUCUGAACCCUCACUAUAAUUUUCAGAUCUUCCCAUCUACCGCCUAUUAUUUUCUAAAGUUCUAUAUAUUCUGGAAUUAUUCCUGUGGAUCGGAGGGUCGCAAAUCUGUCUUCUUUAUUAAGGAGAAAGAAAAUAAGCCUUAAUCUUCUUAAUGUUCUUAGUAGCCUGAUAACAAUACAGAGAAUGCAAGAAUUUGUUAAGAAGUAAUAACUGAACACCUAGAAGAGAACAAAGAAUGUUGCAACGUGUAAGGAAAAUCUCAAUUCAUUUAUCUGCUGAAACUCCUUGAGGAUGUAACUAGCAGAACAAAAGGGAACCAGUGGACGUGAUGUAUUGGAAUUUUCAGAAGUUUGAUAAACUGCAAAGGAAUAAAUCAGUGAGAUUAGGGAACAGAAUUGGGGGAGAUACACCCCCAAUUCCGUGUUCUAAGGGGGCAUAGCUAGAAGGGGCUAGACAUUAAAAUGUGCAUAGGAACACCUUCUUUCAGAGCUGUGAAUAUCUGCAAUUUUCUGCCCCAGAGGAUGGUGGAGGUUAGAUCAUGAGAGAAUUCCAGGAUCAUUAGGGAAUUCAGAGGAUUAAAGACUACAAGUCUACCCUGCGCACCAGUGACCAGGAUGCCUCACUCCCUGAGAGGCUGAACGCCUUCUGCGCCUGGUUUGAUAUGCAGAACAAAGCGCUGGUGAGGAAGGAACCCCUCCCCCAGGGAAGCAGAUGCUCUGUCUGGCUAAAGCUGUGGUGAAGACUCUGGCCAGAGUCAACCCACACAAUGAUAUACAGUACCAGCUCAGGUUCUGAAAAACUAUGCAGUUCAGCUAAUGGAGGCGCCAACAAAUAUAUUCAACAAUGGAAGUCCAUUGACCCCUCAGUUUUCAAGGCGGCAACCAUCAUUCCAAUGCACAAGGCAACAGGAACUUGCCUAAAUGACUAUCGUCUGGUGGCAUUAACUUCAACCAUUAUGAAAUACUUUGAACGGCUGGUCAUAGAGUACAUUAAAGCCUCACUUGCAGCUACAUUGGACCCUUUCCAGUUCACUUAACGCUCAAAUUGAUCCACUGACGACACAAUAGCCUCUGCCCUCCACUCUGUCCUGUCCCACCUGGAAAAUGGGGUCUUAUAUGCCAGAAUGCUGUUUAUAGACUUCAGUUCACCAUCAUACCCUAAACACGGGUGGGGAAACUGUCCUCACUGGGUCUCAACAUCUCCCUCUGCAAGUGGAUACUGGACUUCUUAACAGAAGGACCUGUCAGUCUGUGUGGGCAGCAGUCUCUAUUCCCAUUACACUGAGCACUGACGGUCCACAAGGCUGUGUGUUUAGCUUGUUCCUUUUCACACUGCUGACGCAUGACUGUGUUGCAGGGUUCAGCUCAAACCAUGUCAUCAAGUUUGCAGAUGACACAACAUUAGUUGGCCUCAUCAACAAAGAAUACAGAGAGGAAGUGGAGCAGCUGGUGGAUUGGUGUGAGAAGAACAACCUAAGCCUGAAUAUGGAGAAGACCAAGGAAGUCAUUGCGAACUUGAGGAUGGUGCAGAUGAACCCCCCCCCCAACUUGGAAAAUAUAUAACUUCUCCAUAGAGAGUUAAGUGCACCAAGUUCUUGGGAGAUUACAGCAUUGAUGACCUCACCAGGUCCCUUAAUAUUACCUCCCUGGACAAGAAGGGACAGCAGCACCUUCAAUUCCUAAUAAGAUUGAGGCAAGCCAGGCUCCCCACCUUCAUCUUAACUGUGUUCUACAGGAGCACCAUUGAGAGAGUCUUGACAAGUUGCAUCUCCAUCUGGUAUGAGAGCAGCCGAGCAUCAGACUGUAAGUCCCUACAAAGGACUGUGAGUGAGAAUGGAUUACUGGGCAAAAAGCAGAGUGGGAAUAAAAGGGAUAGUUCUUGGGAUGGUAGGCUGUGACUCAUGGUGUACUGUAGGGACUGGGGCUUAGGAACCAGCUUUUCAAAAUUUCCAUCUACAAUUAGGCUGAGGAGAACAAUUAAAUUUCAAAGUUUGCUGAAUAUACUAAACUAGGUGGGAUUAUAAGUACAGAGAAUUAUGUAAGGAGACUUAAAGGGGAUAUCAAAGAGUGAGUAAGUGACAGAACAUAAAGUGGAAAAUAUGAGAUCAUCCAUUGGUGCACUUAAUUAGGUAUUAGGUAAUGGUGAAAUUUCCAAAUUAAAACGGUUGUGCUCUUCUACAAAUCCUGAAGAUCAACAUGCAGGUACAUUAGGUUAAGAGCAUGCUAGCCUUUGUUAGAGGACUAGAAGUCUUUUGACAAUUGUAUAGGGACCUUGUCGCAGCCAGAACUAAAGUACCGUGUAGUUUUGGUCUCCUUACCCAAGAAAUGAUUAUUCCUGUCAAAGGUGAAUGUAAUAAAGAUUAAAGUUCAACAUACAGCAGGUCAGGCGAGUGAGGGACUGGAGCUUGAUUCUCUAGAGUUUUGAAAAAUGAAAGUUCUCAUCAAAAGGGCCCCAUGGUAGCACAGCAGUUAGCAUGAUGCUAUUACAGCAAACGGUGUUGGAGUUCGCAGUUCAAUCAUCUGUGAGGAGUCUGAACGCGUGGAUUGUUUUGGGUGCUCUGGUCCAAAGGCACACCAGUUAGUAUGUUAGUUGGCCAUUGUAAAUUGUCCUUUGAUUAAGUGGGGGUUUGCUGAGCGGCAUAACUCAAAGCGCCAGAAGGGCCUAUUCCACACUGUAUCUCAAUAAAUAAUAAAAACUUGUAUAAUAUAAAAAGCACGACAGGCUAGAUGCAAGAAUUCUUUUUCCUAGUUGAAGAAUCCAGGACUAGGGAACAAGAUUUCAGAAUAAGUAGCCUACUUAGGACUAAGAUCAGAAAUUUCUUCACUCAGAAGGUAGUGAACCUCUGGAAUUCUUUACUCCACUGGGCUAAAGACAUUGCCUUGUUCAUUUAAAGCAGAGACAGGGGUGUUUCUGGACACUAAGGAAAUUAAAGGAUAUGAUCAGAGCUGGAAAUUGGCACUGAAGUAGAUCAUCAUAUUAAUAAAUGGAUGAUCUCAAAGGGCCAGAUGGCCUGCUCCUGCUCAUCGUUUGAAACCAUCAAGAAUCAAGACUCCAGCCGCAGCCAAGCCAGUAUUUAUGAAGGGUUCAAUGGACUACUUUGCUCUUGUAUUCCAUGCCUCUAUUUUCUCAACCUGCCCAGGAAUUUAUAUGAACACAGCACAUAGACGCUAUUUUCCCUCUACACUUCUAUCCCUUAUAGGGAUCCAUAGUAUGGAAGCUAACAGAGAGGAUUCUUAAAGAUAGCAUGGGCAGAAAGAAAAGGCUGGGAAUAUCAAUAACUGUGGCGCUUCUCUUCCUGACGAACUUAACGUAUUCUACACAAGGUUCGAACAGAAGGGGAGCGUCCCGCUCCCUCCGGAUGAACCGGAUCUGGUGCCAUCGAGAUUCAGCGUCACCGAGGACGUUAGAAGGGCCUUCCUGAAGAUAAAUCCAAGGAAGGCGAUGGGCCCAGAUGGCAUCCUGGGACGGGUUCUCCGGGCCUGUGCAAGCCAGCUAGCUAGAGUGUUUGCUGACAUCUUCAACUGCUCCUUGCUUCAGUGUAAGAUCCCCUCGUGUUUUAAGAAGGCAACGAUAAUCCCAGUGCCGAAGAAGAGCAAGGUGGCAUGCCUGAAUGACUAUCGACCUGUGGCUCUGACAUCAAUUGCUAUGAAGUGCUUUGAGAGAUUGGUUAUGGCACACAUCAACCACAGCCUACCGGUCAACCUCGACGCUUUGCAAUUCGCCUACAGGAGCAACAGGUCAACGGCAAAUGCCAUCUCUCUGGCCCUACAUUCCUCCUUAGAAUACCUGGAAAAUAAAGAUGCAUACAUAAAGCUCCUUUUCAUUGACUAAAGCUCUGCUUUUAAUACCAUCAUUCCAAAUAAACUGAUUCCGAAGCUCUGGAACCUGGGCCUUAGCACUCAGAUCUGCAGCUGGAUCUUCAACUUCCUCACAGACAGGUCCCAGGCUGUAAAAACAGGGGACAAGCUCUCCUCUACCAUCACUCUGAGCACCGGUGCCCCACAAGGCUGUGUACUCAGCCCCCUGCUGUACUCACUGUACACCUAUGAUUGUGUAGCCAAGUUUCCAUCAAACUCAAUAUAUAAGUUUGUUGAUGACACAACAAUUGUAGGCCGUAUCUCGGGUAAUGAUAAGUUUGAGUACAGAGAGGAAAUUAAGAACCUGGUGGCAUGGUGCAAAGACAAUAACCUAUCCCUCAACGUCAGCAAGACGAAGGAAUUGGUUGUUGACUUCAGAAGGAGUAGUGGACCGCACGACCCAAUUUACAUCGGUGGUGGGCAAGUGGAACAGGUCAAAAGCUUUAAGUUCCUCGGGGUCAAUAUCACAAAUGACCUGACUUGGUCCAACCAAGCAGAGUUCACUGCCAAGAAGGCCCACCAGCGCCUUUACUUCCUGAGAAAACUAAAGAAAUUUGGCCUCUCCCCUAAAACCCUCACUAAUUUUUAUAGAUGCACCGUAGAAAGCAUUCUCCUAGGGUGCAUCACAACCUGGUAUGGAAGUUGUCCUGUCCAAGACCGAAAGAAGCUGCAGAAGAUUGUGAACACGGCGCAGCACAUCACAGAAACCAAUCUUCCGUCCCUGGACUCACUUUACACCGCUCGCUGUCGGAGAAGUGCUGCCAGGAUAAUCAAGGACACGACCCAUUCAGCCAAAAGACUUUUCGCCCCUCUUCCCUCCGGGAGAAGGUUCAGGAGCUUGAAGACUCGUACGGCCAGAUUUGGGAACAGCUUCUUUCCAACUGUGAUAAGACUGCUGAACGGAUCCUGACCCAGAUCUGGGCCGUACCCUCCAAAUAUCCGGACCUGCCUCUCGGUUUUUUUGCACUACGUUACUUCCCAUUUUUCUAUUUAUGAUUUAUAAUUUAAAUUUUUAAUAUUUACUAAUUUUAACUAUUUUUCCUAUUUUUAAUAUUUAAUAUUUGUAAUCCAGGGAGUGUGAAGUGCAGAUUCAAAUAUCGCUGUAAUGAUUGUACGAUCUAAUACUAAUUGUUUGGUGACAAUAAAGUAUAAGGUAUUUAUGAACAUUUGAAAAAGUACAUCUAAUUAGGGACAGUUAGCAUGACUUUGAGGGCAGGUUGUCUGACUAAUCUGUUUGGAGCUUUCGAGGAGGUGACAAAGGGGAAGGAUGAACGUAGAGCAGUGCAAGUUAUUUACAUGGAUUUUAGCAAGGCAUUUGAAAAGGUCCUGAAUGAUAAACUAUUCCAGAUAGUUAAGAUUUGAACAAAGGGAACUAUGGUGCUAUGAGGGAGGAGCUGGCUCAAUGGAACAAUACCCUAGCAGGGAUGACAGUGGAACAGCAAUGGCAAGUGUUUCUGGGAAUAAUGCGGAAGGUGCAGGAUCAGUUCGUUCCAAAGAGGAAGAAAGAUUCUAAGGGGAGUAAGGGGAGGCCGUGGUUGACAAGGGAAGUAAUGGACAGUAUAAAAAUAAAAGAGAAGAAGUAUAACAUAGCAAAGACGAGUGGGAAGCCGGGGAAUUGGGAAACUUUUAAAGAGCAACAGAAGGUAACUAAAAAGGCAAUACGUGGAGUAAAAAUGAGGUACGAAGGUAAACUAGCCAAGAAUAUAAAGGAGGAUAGUAAAAGCUUCUUGAGGUAUGUGAAAAGGAAAAAAAUAGUUAAGACCAAAAUUGGGCCCUUGAAGACAGAAGCGGGUGAAUUUAUUAGGGGAACAAGGAAAUGGCAGACGAGUUGAAGAGGGAUUUUGGAUCUGUCUUCACUAGGGAAGACACAAACAAUCUCCCACAUGUAAUAGUGGCCAAAAGACCUAGGGUAAUGGAUGAAUUGAAGGAAAUUUAUAUUAGGCAGGAAAUGGUGUCAGAUAGGCUGUUGGAUCUGAAGGCUGAUAAGUCCCCAGGACCUGAUGGUCUGCAUCCCAGGGUACUUAAGGAGGUGGCUUGAGAAAUCGUGGACGCAUUGGUAAUCAUUUUCCAAUGUUCUAUAGAUUCAGGAUCAGUUCCUGUGGAUUGGAGGGUGGCUAAUGUUGUCCCUCUCUUCAAGAAGGCAGGAAAAGAGAAAACAAGGAAUUAACGAAAACCAAUUUCCCUCGGGAUCAAUAAAGUAUGACAAUGACUAGACCGGUUAGCCUGACGUCGGUGGUGGGAAAGAUGCUGGAGUCAAUUAUAAAAGAUGAAAUUACAACACAUCUGGAAUAGUAGUAACAGGAUUGGUCCAAGUCAGCAUGGAUUUACGAAGGGGAAAUCGUGCUUGACUAAUCUUCUCGAAUUUUUUGAGGAUGUAACUAUGAAAAUGGAAAAGGGAGAGCCAGUGGAUGUAGUGUACCUGGACUUUCAGAAAGCCUUUGAUAAAGUCCCACAUAGGAGAUUAGUGGGCAAAAUUAGGGCACAUGGUAUUGGGGGCAGAGUACUGACAUGGAUUGAAAAUUGGCUGGCUGACAGAAAACAAAGAGUAGCAAUUAACGGGUCCCUUUCAGAAUGGCAGGCGGUGACCAGUGGGGUACCGCAGGUUCAGUGCUGGGACCGCAGCUGUUUACAAUAUAUAUUAAUGAUUUAGAUGAGGGAAUUAAAAGUAACAUUAGCAAAUUUGCCGAUGACACAAAGCUGGGUGGCAGUGUGAAAUGUGAGGAGGAUGUUAUGAGAAUGCAGGGUGACUUGGACAGGCUGGGUGAGUGGGCAGAUGCAGUUUAAUGUGGAUAAAUGUGAGGUUAUCCACUUUGGUGGUAAGAAUGGGAAGGCAGAUUAUUAUCUAAAUGGAGUCAAGUUAGGAAAAGGGGGAGCACAACGAGAUCUCGCUGUUCUUGUACAUCAGUCACUGAAAGCAAGCAUGCAAGUACAGCAGGCAGUGAAGAAAGCUAAUGGCAUGCUGGCCUUCAUAAUAAGGGUAAUUGAGUAUAAGAGCAAAGAGGUCCUUCUGCAGCUGUACAAGGCCCUGGUGAGACCACACCUGGAGUACUGUGUGCAGUUUUGGUCUCCAAAUUUGAGGAAGGACAUCCUUGCUAUUGAGGGAGUGCAGCGUAGGUUCACAAGGUUAAUUCCCGGGAUGGCAGGACUGUCAUAUGUCGAAAGAUUGGAGCGACUGGGCUUGUAUACUCUGGAAUUUAGAAGGCUGAAAGGGGAUCUUAUUGAAACAUAUAAGAUUAUUAAGGGAUUGGACGUGCUGCAGGCAGGAAGCAUGUUCCCGCUGAUGGGUGAGUCCAGAACCAGAGGCCACAGUUUAAGAAUUAAGGGUAGGCCAUUUAGAACAGAGUUGAGGAAAAACUUCUUCACCCAGAGGGUGGUGGAUAUAUGGAAUGCUCUGCCCCAGAAGGCUGUGGAGGCCAAGCCUCUGGAUGCUUUCAAAAAAGAGAUGGCUAGAGCUCUUAAAGAUAGUGGAAUCAAAGGUUAUGGGGGUAAGGCAGGAACUGGAUACUGAUUGUGGAUGAUCAGCCAUCAUCACAGUGAAUGGCGGUGCUGGCUCGAAGGGCCAAAUGGCCUACUCCUGCACCUAUUGUCUAUUGUCUAAGAUACAUAGGAUCCAUGAUUACUUUUCUGACUGUGUCCAAAAUUAGCUUGCCCGUAAAAGACAGAGGUCAGUGAUGAAUGGGCCUCAUUUUGGAUGCAGGUCUGUGACUGUAGAGUUCUGCAAGGAUCUGUACUGGGACUUCUAUUGUUAAUAUUGGAUGAAUUAUGAUGGUAUUGUGUUAAGUUGCAAACAACACAAAGAUUGGUAACAUUGUAGAUUGCAUAGAAGAUUCCUAAAGAUAUUGCAGGAUCAGUUACAGAUAUGGGUGGAGAAAUGACAGAUGGAGUUUAAUCCAUACAGGUAUGAGGUGCUACACUUUGGGAGAUCUAAAGGGUCAGCACACAGUUAAUGGCUGAAUCCUUAGCAGCACUGAAAAACAGAGGGAUCCUGUUGUCCAGGUACAUGGCUCUCUGAAAAUGGCAAGGGUUGUUAGGGGGGCAAAAAAGGUUCAUAGCAUGUUUGUCUUCAUUAGUCGAGGUACUAAGUCAAGAGACAGGAAGUAAUGUUACAGCUUCUUAAAACUCUGGCUUGGUCACACGUAUUGUGUUCAAUUCUCAUUACAGGAAGGCUUUGGAGGAGGUGCAGAGUUUACCAGGAUGCUGCCUGAUUUGGAGAGAGAAGACAUUGCACAAGUUGGGGCUGUUUCCUCUAGAUGAGCAGAGGCUGAAUAAAGAUUUGAGAGUUUAUAAAAUUAUACUAGGUAGUCAGCCAGGAUCUUUUUGUCAGGACGUCUACAGGCUGUGUAUUACAGAUGAGGGGAGAAAGUAGAAAAGAAAUACAGAAGGCAAGUUUUUUUAAAAAAACAGAUGGCUGGGGCCCUGGAAUGCAUUGUCAAAGGUGGUGGUGGUGGAAGAGGUAGUGCAUUCCAUACUUCAAAAAGAGUAUUUAGUAUUUAAGCAACUCUUAGGAUAGGCACAUAAAUAUGCAGGGAAGGGAGGGAUAUGGUCAAUAUGCAGGGAAGAGAGACUAAUUAAUGAGUUAUUAGUUUAAUCUGUUUGGCACAACAUCAUGGUGUAAAGGGCUUGUCCUGUGCUGCACUGUUCUACUAGCGAAAGGCUGUGGGGAGUUGCAGAGUCGGCCAGUCUCAUCACAGGCACAACCCACCCCACCAUCGAGGACACCCUUAAGAGGCGGUGCCUCAAGGUGAUAUCCAUCAUGAAAAAAACCUCACUAUCUGAGACAUGAUCUCUUCUCAUUACUAUCAUUAGGGAGGAGGUACAGCAGCCUGAAGACCCACAUUCAACACUUCAGGUACAGCUUCACCACCUCACCAUCAGAUUUUUGAAUGGUCCACAGACACUACCAUUCUAUUCCUCUUUUACACUAUUUAUCUACUUUUUGGUAAUUUACUGUAAUCUUCCUGUCUUGCACUAUUCCACUGCUGCAAAACAACACAUUUCACAACAUAGGUCAACAAUAAUAAACCUGAUUCUGCCUCUCCUCAUCCUCUGUACUCAACUGUGUGACUCUUCUCCUUCCUCAUCAUUCUCACAUCACUUGCUCCAGUUUCACGGCUCCACUCCACCCAUAUUUUCUAUGUUUCUAUCUAUCUUUAUUAGCCCAUGGGUGCCAAGGUAGCGCAGCAGUUAGUGUGACACUAUGACAUCUCGGGGCGUCGGAGUUCCACUCCCACAUUUUUGUAAGGAGUCUGCAUGUCUUCCCAGUGGAAUGCGGUGCGUUUCUACCGGGUUAUGAGAGAGUGGAAUGAGCUGCCAGUCCGUGGUGCAAGCGAGGUUGAUUUUAACGUUUAAGAAGUUUGCAUAGGCACAUAGAAGGGUAUGGAGGACUAUGGUAGCGGUGCAAGUCGAUGGGAAUAGGCAGUUUAAAUGGUUCGCGUGGACUAGAUGGGCCCAAGGGGGUGUUCCUGUGCUGUACUUUUCCAUGAAUAAAAUAAAUAAACAAGGCCAAUCAUUUCACAGGUGCUCUCAGGUUUGAAGCUGCCGCGCUGGACCGACGGCAGAACGACGACUGGCCAACUGGCGCCACCCCGCCAUUCCAAUCCCAACUGCCACCGGCACCCCGAGACGCUGACGUCAGAGAUGCCGACCCUUCACCCCGCAUUAAUGGAACCUCGGGCACCAGGGGACAAAGCGACCGACGGCCCUUCCCGGGGGCCGCGACUCACGAUGCGUGAUGGAAAGUAUGCUGACUGGCUGCAUUAUGGCCUCGUAUAGGAACACCAAUGCCUUUGAGUGAUACCCGCACCUUCAUACUGUGCAGAAACAACACGCACUACAUCUAUUUUGACAUUCUCAGGAGAUAAAAUGGUCAAAGAUUUCAUUCAAUUCAUUAAUGCAACUGAUAUGGUGGUGGCCAAUUAUAAACUUUCGAUUGAAUAUUUAUGUUCUGAACCUAGUACUGUUGGUGUUGAGGUCAUCGUUUCAACAGAUGUUAAAGUUGGAGUCACCAUUUACAAGAAAAAAUGGAAAUGUAAGAAACAUCUUGAUGCUUCCAGCAAUCGGACUCUGUGGGUGAAAUUUCCAAGCAUCAUGUUAUACAGACCGGAUUAUUUCAUUAGACAAUCUAUUGACGUUAGCAAUGUAGUAUUAAGAGCCUGGAUUGUAAAUAACAAUUUGGGUGCUCAUGGAAAUCAUAAGGCAACUUUUUAUGAACAAGCUCUGGCUCGAACCUACAAAUUGCUGAAGACAUUCAGUCCUUUUGAGAGGCCAUACAAAGAUCAUAAACACUGCCUUCCGUGGGACACAGAGAAGAUACUAGCAAUAAGAAAAAAGAAUAUUCUCCAGUGCUUGCUUGAAAAUGAUGUUGUGGAGCUACUUGAUUUUCCAUUUGCAUCAACAGGAUCAGAUUAUGGAAUAAUAAAAAGGCUAAAAAAGUUUAAUAACCCAGAAAUGGAACUGACUGGUAAACAACUUAUCAACAAUCCAAGGUUUACUGUAUCAAUAUGGAUUUAUGUACUCCACCCUUGCAAACAGCAUCUCUGUGGCAUCUUUCAUCAGAUCAAUGAAAAGCAGAAGUAUGGCACCCCACUGCUGUUCCUUACAACUAAUGGUAAUAUUCACUUUCAGGUGAUACUGUCCUCCGGAAACUACAUUGCAGGACUGUCAAAUUUCAGAUUAGCUUUGAGGCGAUGGUGUCGAUUGGAUUUCACCAUGCAAGGCAAACAUAUGACUUUGACAGUCAGCUAUGGAGCAAAACUACAAGCCAAAGAAGAGGCAUUUUAUACUUUUCCUGGAGAUGUUCAUUACAAUGUUUCAGCUGGAUACUUUAUACUUGGAGGCAGCAACAAUGUACGGAGUUUUGAGGGAUUCCUUGGUCCUGUGAAAUUUUACCGGGUCAUAAGUCGAAAAGGAAAAGAGAUUUCAAAUCCUCUUGUAAUUGCUCCCAAUCUCGACAAACAUAUUGAUCGGUACUAUCAAACAUGCAAGCAUUUCAGUGCAUUCAUCAUCAACUAUUUCAAGUCACUUGGAUUACACAAGAAAAUUGAGCAGAAGAGAAGCAACAGUAAUUACUAUUUAUGGUUACUGAAUCAAUAUGGGCCAAUAAAUAAUGAUGACAAUAAGUGCCCAGUGUUGCCUUGGGGAAAAAGAACGAAGAAACACUAUGAGACAUUAUUUGAUCUACUUCAAACAAUGGGUUCAGAGUCAUUUCAAGAUUUCACUCAUUUACCAAAUUUACAUUCCAUACUGCUUAAAGUUGGCGAGAAACUUUUUUGGAAUACAAUGAAGAAACUUGUUGGUGCAAUUGGUUUCAAGCAUGUUGGCGACCUGAUCCCUUCAUUAAUCGUAGCCAGCUGCUGUGGUUAUUAUAAAGCAGCCUACUUGCUGGGAGUCAUUUUUGAGACAGGUCUGGGUGUGGAAGUACAACUAUCAAAGGGCAUGCUGUAUAGUCUGGUUGCUGCACAAGGAAAUGACAGACUUGCAUUAAUGCACCUUGGAUACAAGCAUAAUCAGGGUAUCGAUGGUUACUCCUGGGAUUAUGAUGCAUCAUAUGGUUACUACUUAAACAUUGCCCAACGUACUGUUAAAGAUCGGCACGUAUUUGAUGGAGAACAGGCCUUUGUUGAACCAAUAAGGUUAAUGGAUGAUUCAGUUUUGCAGCGUCAAACUAAAGAAAACCAUGACCUCUUUAUAUGGCUUAGAUACCAGGCAGAGCGUGGAGAUGCAUUUGCUCAGCAAAAACUUGCAAGAAUGCUUUACUGGGGCCAACAGGGUAUAACACGUGAUGUGCAAGCUGCGUUAAAGUGGUAUUCCAGAAGUGCAAUGGAGUCAAAAGAUCCAAUAUCAUUGUAUGAGUAUGGACUUUUUCUUAUUAAGGGCCAAGGUGUGAAAAAGAAUAUAAGGUUGGGUUUAAGAUUUAUGAAUGAAGCAGCCUCCAAGGGAUCCCAUGAAGCACUUAAUGGUUUGGGAUGGUAUUAUGAAACCUAUGAAAAGGAUUUUGUGAAAGCAGCAGCUUAUUGGGAAAAAGCAAAAAAAAUGGGCAAUCUCGAUGCAAUUCACAACCUUGGAGUGCUUUAUGAGACUGGAAAAUAUCCUGGCAAACCCAUCAAAAAUGUGACUGAAGCAUUUCAACACUACUAUGAAGCUGGAUCUGGUGGACAUUUUGAAAGUCUAGUUCGCUGCUCCUUCAUUUGGAGUACAGGAAAUUUUGAAUCUAUUCCACACAAUCCCAGACAGGCAGUCCUUUGGGCCAGGUUCGUUGCUGAGCAAAAUGGCUAUUUGGGUUUCCAAAUGAGAAAAGCUCUGGAUGCUUAUCUUCAGAGAUCCUGGAAAGAAGCUCUGUUGUAUUUCCUCAUCACGGCAGAAACAGGAAUUGAGUCAUCUCAGACAAACAUUGCCUAUCUCUGUGAAGAGAAAUCACUCAUAAAGAGAUGUGUUGAUUUUUCCUGGAGAUAUUAUAAUUUAUCAGCUUUCCAGCAGACCACACAACCUUUUGUUCUAGUGAAAAUGGGUGAUUUCUACUAUUAUGGCCAUCACAACCAUAAAAAGGAUAUUGAGCAAUCAAUAAACAUGUAUGCCUCUGCUGCUUUAUGGAAUUAUUCUCAAGCAUUUUAUAACUUGGGCUCACUGGCAGAGGAGGGUCUUCAAAUACCAGAGAGCAUUUUGGAUCUCCUAAACCUGAACACAAGGAAACAAUCCAAUGAUGUCGCACUUCAGCAGGAGUUAUAUGAGAGGUGUAUAAGCGCUAAUAUUGAAGAGGCCUUCAUCCCAUGCUCGAUAGCUUUGCUUCGAGUUCGCCUGAAAUCAAUAUGGAUGAAUAACUACUCUCAACCUCUGUUAUACACUGCAAUCUCGUUGUGCCUUUCAACAUUGAUUUGUUUUGCUGUGAAGCGCUACUGGGAUUCCACAGCAGUAGCCUCCACUAGAAGAGCAACUGAACAUCCUCCAGAUUUGAACUCUCCUAUUGAAAAUACUCAGACAGCAAUGGCCUCCACCACAUGUAUAAAUGAACAUCCUCCAGAUUUGAACACUUCUAGCGAAAAUAUUCAGACAGGUGAGGCAAUGGCCGAAGAAGCAUCAUGACAUUAAGUUGCAACAGGGUCUCCAGAACUGAAUGAGACAAGGCCUGUGUAGCAAUUGCAUCACGGGCAGUUUGAUCACUAAGAGGAAGUUAAUUGAAUGCAUCACAUUUGGGAGUAAUUCUACUCAUUGCACAGUCACACAGAAGCAUUUUCUUCAUCCCAGUUUAUCUCAUUCAGUAGUUAUGCUCCACAUGAACCACUUCCAACUUUACUCCAUUGAAUUUUAUCAGCACAUUAAUCUAUUCCAUUAUUCCUCAUGUAGUUAAUCAGCUUCUCCAUAAAUGUUUUUAUUGCUUCAUGUUCUUAGCCUUCUCUGGGUAAAGAGGUUUCCACUGAAUUCCUCACUACAUUUAUUAACAACUAUCUGAUGUUUAUAAUCUGAAAGUUUUGUACUGUAACACCAGUGAUAUAUCUUCACUAAAUUUAUCCUAUUAAACUCUUCGUAAUUAUAGUAAUCUCACUAUCAGGAUGUCCUCAGCCUUAAGAGCCCCAGUCCAUUCUAUCUUUCCUGAUACAUACCAGCUUCUGAGUUCUGAGUAUCCUUGUAACUCUUUUUAUAGGUAUAAAGAUCAGUUUAACAAAUAUCCUAACCCUAGUCUAGCGAAAUGUAACACUACUUCAUUACUUUUUACUUCCUCUAAAGUUUCCCUAGAGCUUUGUUCAUAUGGUUGCAGAAUUAUCCACUGGUUUACAAUGUUUUACAAUUCUGUAUUCCCUCAUCCAUUUGUUCUUCUCUAUCAUUUACACAUUUUUAUGAAUAUAGGGAGUUAAUGUAUUUUUUAAAAUUAUGUGUGAAGAACCUGUUGCUGGAUAUCACUGAUAUAUAGUUUGUAUAAUGUAUACCACCCAAUGAUUAAUUUUAUGUACAUUUUCAAUCGAGCUAAAUUAUUUAGUCACAAUGGUAAAUAAGAAUUAAAUAUGAAUGUAAUCUAAAUAUUGAAAUUUUGCUUUGGUUAAUGACUUUGAGGUAGUCAUUGCCACAUAUAAAAUGUUGCCGAUUAAAGUCAAUUAAUUUUCUUUCAAUAAGGAUAGAAAUCUUGCUAAUUAUAACUCAGAGAAUCUCUGUCUCACAUUUCAAAGAUACUGACACUUUUCAUCUUUGCAACGUUAUCAGUUUUUAUGUCAGAUUUUCCAGCACCUGCAGAAUUUUCUGUUUGUACUGUUGAUUAAACUGGCUCUCAUAAAUUUGGCAAAUUAAUACUUACAUGUGGCUGAAUUAGCAUUGUAUCUGAUUUGAAUUUUUAUCAGUUUUAUUCUGCUAACUUCUUUUUGGUGUGAGGUAUUACUUAGUCAUGGAAAUGUCUAAACCACCUGACUGGGCAUUACAGAAUUUGUCCAGGCUUCUCAAAUGAGACGUUCUGUUACAGCCCAAUCAUACUGCACGCUUUGUUGAUGUGUUGGGCUUUUGGUCUCACAUUGACACAUUAUUGUGGAAGAGAAACCACUGACGUUGAAUUUUGGACAUGAUUUCAAGGCUAAUUGUGCGUUAACAUUGGUAUCAUAGUAUUCUUCAUUGUGAAGCACUCUUUGUGGCAAAGACUUAGAUAAGGCGUCAACUUUGGAAGGGUAUGGCUCAGGUUCUUGCUUGAAUCGUACAUCAUGCUGAUUUGGGAAUGUAUCAUCAUCCCUUCAUUAUUACUGUGACUAAAUCCUGGAACUCCCUACCCAAAAGUGUCAUGUGAACACCUUCACUGCAUCGGCAGCAGCUAUUCGCCAAGGUGGCUGACCACCAUCCAAUCAGGGACAAUGAGGUAUUCGAAGUAAAUUGUGGCCUUGUGAAUGAUGCCUAUAUGAUGAAAAGAAAUGAAAACGUUUUGGAAAGCACUACCCCCUCCCCACCCCUCGGCACAGAAGUAUUAUUGGCAGAGGGUGAUUGACUUCUGGAGUCACCAGUCCUUUCCUCAUUUCACUUCUGGGUUUCACAAUCUGUGGAAAAAGCUUCACAUUCCUUCUUAAAUAUAAAUUAAACUCUGAAUUGAAUGUAGGAGACAUUUAAAUAUGUUAAUUAAGUGUCCUGACUCUCCACUAAAGUGAGCAGACUGAUGUUCUCCAAUGGAAAAACAGUCAUUGGGGAAAUUACAACAUGUAAGGGGGCACAUUUCUUCCAUUUAACUUAAACUGCAUCCAUCAUCAUCUGUCAUGGGGAAUAGGUUAUUAAAGCCCUUGAGCUCAAACAGGAGCAUCAUUGAAGAGUGAGUUUCUUUCUUCCCCGUGUAUAAGAUGCAUAGGCAAAUUGCUGAGAUCUGAAAACUAGACAUGGAUCAAAAAGUGACUGGGGGAUUAUCCUGGUUUCAAUUGCUUUUGGGAUUGUACUGGACUGUAUAGCUCAGUAACACACCAGUUUCUACAUUUACCUGAUAAUCCACCUGACUACAUUCGCUGGAAGCUAAACAACUUCAUCUGCCAGUCAAAGGACUCCCACUUGCAAAAGAUUUUUGUAACUACUGAGCGGCUGAACUUCCAUCAGUGAGAUUCAGAAUUGUUUCCAGGCAUUCAGACACAAAGACACAGUACAUCCUAUUAGUAUUAGUGUACUUGAGUUAAAAGUCAUUUUUAAAAUCUGUAUUUAAGGGUGAUAUGCAAAACAUGAUCCAUUGCAAUAUGCUUUAUUUUAUUAUUGUGAUAUAUUUACAUCGCUUUUAGUACAUAUUAUUUCCAUUCAGGGUGCACAAAUCUUUUCUUCAAAAGCUCUGACGACCAUUACACUGAGAAAUUUCUUCUGAGGUGUCCACGAUGAAAUGUGUGUAUAACUAACCGUACAUUGUAUUUACUAGUUCUGACCCUCAGGCAGGCGGUUGAUUAACAUCACUCUUUGGUAUUACUUUCCUAAAUUCACACAUUCUCCUUACCGGUUCAGUCAGUGAUUGUUUUCAAACAUAUAGUAUUUUAAGAUCUUGUAUUAAAAAUAGCAUUCCAAUUCACCAAGUAGUCCUAUAGUUAUGAAAGACGCUUUAUAUAUCCAAGCUCUGGAUAUUCUUAAAACAUCCCAUUACAAUCGUUUCUGAUAUUAUUAACUCUCACAUUGAUCAUCUUUGGCUCUUCAUCUAUCCUGUUACAUGGUUCAUCCAUGUGUUUUAUCCAACUUAUACAGCUCUAAUUCUCGGUGAUAGCUCAUUAUUGAGCAGGCAUUAUCAAUUCAAUAUUCACUGUUCUCAUUAAUUAAUUCCAUUGGGCUGCAUAAUCUUUUGCUUCACUUCUUCACUGGCUUUUCGCUAAUUCCUUUUCCCCCAUAUCUGCAAUGUGAAUAUUAGUCACAGUAACCAACCCAAUUUCUACUCUGUACUUCAAUCCUCUUUUGAACCUGUUCCAUGCAGUUUCUCAACUUCCUUACCGCCCACAAACUGUGGGCUCUGUUAUUUACUGGUUAAGUGACCUAUGCAGUUCAGUCCUGAUCUGUUGGUCUUUCCCUGUUUAGAUUCAUUUGACGUCAUGGGCAGGGUGCAGAAAUUCUAUUUUGGUUGCAAUUGCUGAUGCUGCUGCAACUUAUUUUCUGCUGCUUAUCUAUUUAAUACUGUUUUUCUAUUACUGUCUUGUUUUUAUCUACCACUUUAUUUAAUUGCAUCAGAGGAAGCCAAUCAGAGUUUCAUUGUACCUAUGUGUAAUGACAAUAAAGAUCAUUCAAUUCAAUCUGUCAAAAUUG